CAAGUCACUCGUUGUGAAAUGUCAACGUGAUGUACUCACUCACACGUUCGAUGAUUAAUCACCGUAUCAGAUCGUUAUCUCAUGUAAACACAUAACUCUCAUGCAGUCAUUUUAUUCUCUCAUCAAAUAUACACAAGCCAUGAUCUCGUCUAAAGUUGUGAUUCGAGCGGCUGCUCUGUGUUUCCUGACGGUUCUACUGAUUACCGUUCAAGGAAGGCCGGAUGGUGCCCCCUCAGACGCCUGUGAGACAAUGGACCCCAGCCAUGGGGGUUCACCCCAGACCGGUCCCAUGCCCUACACUCUGCAGCUGGACAGCCACAAGAUCAACAGUGGGGGUAGAGUUCACUUCACCAUUAGAGCCCAGCCCCCUAACACGUUUGCCGGGUUCAUGGUGCAGGCGAGGAACGACAAGGGUAGGCCGGUGGGAGUGUUCACUCAGAGUGACAAUGUCAAGCCUACGGAGUGUUUUGGUGUGCCCGCUAACACCGCUACACACGUGAACCACCAGCCGAAGACUGAGGUAACCAUGAGCUGGAGUGCGGAUCCAGGAUACACAGGAGACGUCAUAUUCCACGCUACGGUCGCCAAGUCAAUGAAAGAAUACUGGGUAAGACAGAGGGCAAGACCUCUAGCAGUCGUCAGAACAUAGACCUUCAUGUUGUUAUGUUCUGUCUGAUAUUCUCGGUCAACACAUUCACUGGAGCUUGGUCAAACUUCAUGAUGUAUAACUAUUAUCGCUACUUUGAAUUAUACAUGAACCAUUAAAAGAGUA